AUGCGAAACACUGAAGAGGAAGACGGAAGAAACAAGAGAAAUGCGGAGAUGGAUGGCGAUGCCCGACUGCCACGCACAACACACUCACACAUACAACUUAUAGGUACACAAAUAGAUACAACCAUAAUGACACGCACUGCACAAGACAUUGCUGCUGCUGUGACCGGAAGAGUCGAGAGAGAUUACAUGAAGAAACUCGUACAAAAAGCUGAGUUGGCUACGUCCACAAGAUGA